CAUGUACCAAAGUUUAAAACAUUAACGUCAAGAUUUGCAAAGAAUGUGAGUGAUGAUAUUGAUUCUAAAUUACUUGAACAAAGCCAUUUUCUUACACUUGCAAAUUGGAUAGAUGAAAAGCAUGAAACUGCUGCUUACAUCAAAAAUAUUUCAUAUAAUUUUCAACUGAUAUAUCGAACAUGUAGUCCUGGCAGUUGUUCUAUUAAUGAUCUCAUGAAGAAAACUGGACCGGAUAGUAAUGAUUCUUUUAUUCUGAUAUGUGAUCCAGGUGAUCAAGGGAAGUUACAUGGCUAUCAGGUGAUUUGA